GUUGCUACCAAUACACCUGAUUCUCGGUUUCUUAUUGGCAAAAAGAAAGUGCUUAAGAAAGAGGUUGUUUGUUAGUGAAGCAGUUAACGAGUUUUAUAAGUUGAGUUAUUGUUUAAAAUUUAAUAAGCGAGUUUUUCAGUUGCGUUGAAAUCAAAUGGCACAAAUUCUGUGUAUCUACCUUCGAAUACAAAUAUCAAACCCGUAGCUUUGGGAAAAAACUUUCAUUACAACUGAAAUAGUUUAGGAUCGCUUGCAGUAGUUAUUUGGGCAGGGUCAGUUCAUCGCACUUUGCGGCAACAAAGGCUUGAUCCAAAAAUGUAUUAUCUAAAUAACGAGACUGUUGCGCUUCCAUCUGCGGGGAGUUUCGCCCAAAGGGAGACACAGUCAUCGACCUUGGAGUUGAAAAGCGUGUCUAUAAAUCCGGAUGACACUUACACUGUCCAGCAGGCGAUCAACGCCUUCGGUUUCGGAUGGUUCCACGUUAAGCUCUCGCUUUUGGUCGGUCUCUGCUGGAUGUCCGACUCCAUGGAAAUGGCCAUCCUAAGUAUCCUCGGACCGGCUUUGUUCUGUGAGUGGAAUGUCACAAAAUUCCAGCAGGCUUCCGUCACAACGAUCGUCUUUUUGGGCAUGAUGCUGAGUUCCAGCUUUUGGACCCAGCUAAGCAACAGAUAUGGUCGAAAGUCGGCCCUCACUUUGUUUGGAGUAUUAUUAGUCUUAUAUAGCAUUCUUAGUUCAGUGGCCCCCAGCUAUGCCUGGCUGUUAACCCUAAGAGGUUUAGUGGGGUUUGCCAUCGGCUGCGUUCCCCAAUCAGUCACCUUAUAUGCAGAGUUUCUGCCCACGAAACACAAGGGAAAGUGCGUAGUACUAAUGGACUGCUUUUGGGCCUUGGGAGCUUGCUUUGAGGUCGUACUGGCCCUAGUUGUGUAUCCCUAUUACGGAUGGCGCGGACUUUUGGCUCUCUCAGCUACGCCUUUAUUAAUUUUUACGAUCCUCUCACCGUGGCUCAGCGAAUCGGCGCGCUAUUACUCAUACAAUGGGCAUAACGACAAGGCCGUAAAGGUCUUGGAGCAGAUAGCUCAUAAUAACAAGCGGCACAUGUUGAUGGGUCGCCUGAUGGCCGACGAAGAGCCAAGUUCUACGGAAAGCUUUAGAUCUCUGCUCAGUUCCAACCUUUAUCGGACCACUCUACUGUUGUGGUUUAUAUGGCUGGCCUCGGCCUUCUGUUACUACGGAUUGGUCCUGGUCACAACUGAGCUCUUGGUGGCCAGAAACAAGGAGAGUAAUCGUAACGAGUGCGUUACCUUCAUGACAUCGGAUUUUAUGGACAUGUUGUGGAUUACCUUGUCCGAGUUUCCGGGCAUUCUGUUGACAAUCAAGGUCAUCAAACUUUUUGGCAAGAAGAUAACGAUCGUUCUGCUGUAUCUGGUUCUUGUCUUCUGCACUUUAGUGUUAAUGUCGGUAACCAGUCGGUUUUCAACUUCCCUAACUCUUUUUAUUGCACGAGGAACGAUAUCUGGGAUUUUUCAAGCCAUUUAUGUGUACACCCCGGAGAUAUAUCCCGCCGCUCUGAGAUCGGUGGGAGUUUCUGGAUGUUCUGUUUUGGCCAGACUUGGAGCCAUGAUGACCCCCUUUGUGGCGCAAGUUUUGAUGGAUUCAUCCAGAGUUCAGGCCUUGUCGACUUAUGCCCUUGUGGGCUUACUGGCUUCCAUAGCCUGCGCUUUUCUGCCCAGAGAAAAUGUUGGCUAUCAUUAGGUUUAAUUUACGAUCAUUAUAAAUUAUUAUCAGAUUUUAAUAGUUUUAAGACGUCCUAUCAUUUUUGAGGAGUUCUAAUAAGUUUGCCUAGUUUUGGGCUCCGUUUAUUGUUUAUU